AUGGCGACGGCCUACUACUACUACCUCCUCCCAACAAUCCUCUUCCUCUUGGCCAUCAUUUCCAAGCUAAAUAAACGGCGUCGCACCGACCUCCCGCCAAGCCCGCCUUCGCUACCCAUCAUCGGCCAUCUCCACCUCCUGAAGGAGCCAAUCCACAGAACCUUACAAAACCUCUCCCAACAGUACGGCCCAAUCUACCUCCUCUCCCUCGGCUUCCAAAACGUCGUCGUCGUCUCCUCCCCGUCGCUAGCCAAAGAAUGCUUCCACGAAAACGACCUCGUCUUCGCAAACAGGCCAAACCUGUUAUCAGGCAGAAUCUUCGACUACAACAACACCACCGUCGGCGUGUCCCCGUACGGCCCGCACUGGCGCAACCUCCGCCGCAUCUCCACCGUCGAGCUCCUCUCCACCGCCCGCCUCAACUCCUCCGCCGCGCUCCGCCGCGACGAGGUCAGGCUCCUAGCCCGCGACCUUUUUCGUAAGGUUUCGGGUACUUCUUUCGGCGAGGUCGAGAUGAAGUCGAGGCUUUCGGCUCUUUCGAUGAACGUAGUGACGAGGAUGGUGGUCGGGAAGAGGUAUUUUGAGUCGGAGGAGGAGGACGGCGGCCGGAGGUUUCUGGAGGUGAUAAGGGAGAGUUUUGAGCUGAGCGGGGCUUCGAAUCCGGGGGAUUUCUUGCCGGUGCUGAGGUGGAUUGAUUACGGCGGGGUGGAGAAGAGGAUGCGGAGAGUUCAGGGGGAAGUUGACUCCGUCUUGCAAGGUUUGAUUGACGAGCGUCGGAGUGAUAGGAGUAGCCGGCGGAGCUCCGGGCAGAAGACGAUGAUGGAUACGUUUUUGGAUUUGCAGGAAUCUGAACCACAAACUUAUACCGACGAUAUUAUCAAAGGACACGUCAUUGUAAGUACAAUUAAAUUGUGUAUGCAGACCAUGAUAAGUGCUGGCACAGAUACAUCUGCAGUAACGAUGGAAUGGGCAAUGACACUCUUACUCAAUCACCCAAAGAUUCUUAAUAAGGCAAGAAUUGAGUUGGAUGAUGUCGUUGGGAAGAAUAGAUUAAUCGAAGAAGCAGAUUGCUCUAAACUUCCUUACCUCCAAAGCAUCAUCAAUGAGACACUUCGGUUGUACCCAGCAGCACCUCUGCUGGUACCACACUACUCUUCAGAAGACUGCACCAUUGGUGGCUAUCACAUUCCUAAAGGAACAAUGUUAUUGGCAAAUGCAUGGGCUAUUCAAAGGGAUCCUAGUGUGUGGGUUGACCCGACCACAUUUUGGCCCGAGAGGCAUGAAGGAAUGGAGGUGGAUGCGUACAAAUUGUUACCCUUCGGCAUUGGAAGAAGAUCAUGUCCUGGUAUCGGGCUUGCGAAUAGAGUUGUGAGUUCGGUGUUGGGUGUGUUGAUUCAAUGCUUCGAGUGGAGAAGGACGAGUGAAGAGUUAUUAGACAUGACAGAAGGGAAGGGAUUGACAAUGCCUAAGGUUGAGCCUCUGGUAGCUUUGUAUAAAACUCGUGAGUGCAUGAAAGAUGUUUUGCUCAAAGUAUGA